AUGGAUCGCACAUGUGCCGCUUGUGGUCGCAGUCUCCCUCAGUCAUCGUACACGGCCAAUCAGUACUCUAAGGCUCCUGGUGUGUCGCGAUGUGCGAGCUGCAUCCAUGGGCACCAUUCGGAUACCCCAUCUGCAGGACAGUCUGACAGCGGUAGAUACAAUAAAUCUAACUGGAGUUCCAUCUCAACAUCCGCCUUGGAGAAUCCCUUCGCCCAAGGUGCUUUCCGCUGGGUGGCCAAGGGAAGCUACACUUCAGGUCCUCGCAAGGGCGAAGCAUGUGUUAUUAAGUGGUUCAAGACUGGCGCGGUCUUCUCGGGUGAUUAUUUCACUCUCGAUAUUAAGGCUGUCGACAAGGCCUUGGAGAUUGUCAAUAGGUUCAAUCAGUUAAACAUCAUCAACAAAGUCGUCAAAAUCAACGUACCUGAAGUAUGGCACUUCACCGAUGACAGCGACCACCGGUGGGCUGGCCAGAAACAUCUAUGUGAGCCUUUUAUCCAAAACUACCAAAAGUUCAAUAGCAACACUGGAUGGAACAAUGACUCUCUGAUAUGGGGGGAGGUCAUGCAAGCCCUUAGCCAUUUUAGCUACCACAUCACAGGCGGAAAUUAUGUUCUGUGCGACCUCCAAGGUGGCAUUUACCGGCAUGAACUUGUCCUCUCUGACCCCGUCAUCCUAUCUCGGAACCGUGAGUACGGUGUCACCGAUCUUGGUCCCGACGGUAUUAGCUCGUUCUUCAGUCAGCAUGAUUGCAACGAUUUCUGUCGCCGGAACUGGACUCAGCCCGCUAACCCGAUGCAAAUCUUCCGCCCGGUCCCUGGUACCACUAUGAUCCGACGCACGGUGCCUACAGACUAUUUCCGGCCUAGACAAACAAGGUUUCUUGGGUAG